AUGGUUAUCACCCAUCCUGCCAUGAUCAGCAACGACAACACCCAGCCUUCAUCAUAUCUCCAUGUCUCCUUUUGCCUUCUCUGUAGGGUCUUCAGGAAAAUCAGUGCCAAUGGCUCCAUCUCCCUCUACCUGGAUCGGAGGGACUUUGUGGACCAUAUGGACACAGUGGACAUUGUGGACGGGGUGGUAAAGGUGGACCCAGCAGAGCUGAAAGGGAGGAAAGUGUUGGUACAGCUGUCUUGUGCUUUCCACUAUGGCCAAAAUGACCUGGAUAUGACUGACCUCUCCUUCAAGAGACACAUUCGGAGCCAAACAAUGCAGGUCUACUCUGCGACGGGUGAGGCUGACCUGGCCACCACACCCACACAGGAGAUCCUGAUGAAAAAGGCUGGGGACCAGGGGCAGCCCUUCACCUUCACACUUCGAAAAGGCCUGCCCUGCUCUGUUUCUAUUCAGCCUACACCACGGCAUGCUGGGAAGGGAAGCACCCCCGACACUCUGGGUCCUCCUUGUGGCGUGGACUUUGAGGUCAAGGCGUACAUUGGAAAUGAGCAGGAUGGCCUGAAAGAGAAAGAGGACAACAUCGACCAAGUCCACGGCAACACAAUUUCUGAGGUUUAUCAAGUAACUCCUCUUCUGGCCAACAACAAAGACAAGCUUGGCUUGGCCCUAGAUGGCAAACUGAAGGACGAGGACACCAACCUGGCCUCUACCACGCUCCAGCGGCCUGCUAUGGAUAAGGAGAUCUUAGGAAUCCUGGUGUCCUACAAAAUCUCUGUGGGGGUUCUUCUUUAUACCCACGGCCUCUUGGGAGACAUCACAGCAAGAGAUGUGAGUGUGGAGCUACCCCCUGUCCUGAUGUCCCCCAAGCCAGCAGGUGAGAAUCUCUCCUGGGUACAUGAGCAUGGAUAUGCUUUCAACUGAAUAAACAAAAUGGCUUUGAAAUAAAGUACAUAUUGAAUGAGAAAUACUAUGUUAGUGUAGCAUAA